AUGAGGCUGACUUUCACCCUUCAUACAUACUGUGAUAGUAUUACUCAAAGGUUGAGAGGCGCAGAUGUAUUAGCUGGUAAGGUUUCACCCCCUGCUGGUAAAGUUUUGGACCUCGGUAUGAUUUGGAGACACAUUGCAAAACACACAGAUGUCGAUAUCGAUGAUACUUUAGAAUUGGUGUUUGCAAGUGUCCUAACAUAUCAAUUGGAUGAGGACCGAAAUAGGAAGGUAGUCGCUUCUGACUGGAGAAGUUUCGAAGAAUUGGGUAGAACCAAUACUUAUAUUGAAUUUGUUCUUCAGAAUCCAUGGUUGUUGUUCAUGUAUAUCCGUGAGUCUCGGAAUAAGAAUGACAAAAAUUUCUUCAAAGUGAUGAGGAAGUGUUAUAGUGAUUGGUUAGCCAAUAAGGCAACUUAUAAAUUUCCCACUAUUGAGGCAUUGAACUCAGAAAUUGCUUCAUACGAAGAGAAAGUACGUUCCAAGACUACUUAUGAGAGCACAAUUGCGUACUGGUUAGGAAAAGCCAGAAGAAUUCGUGAAAAGAUUGGUACGGUACUUAGUGGAGCUACUGAAGAAAUUCAUUACCUUGGGAAUAAAAGACGUAAGUCGAAUCCUGGGGGAAACAACCAGUCGGAAGGUGCCUCAAAGGAAGAGUCAUCAAGUUCAAGUACUCUGUCGACCAACGAACGAAACCAAAACCAAAACCAAAGAGGCCGUGGGAGUGGUAACGCCAGAGGUCGUGGUAAAUAA